CCUUGUGUCCAGUCUUGAUUCAAACAGAUGUUUAUUUGUAGCCUUGGUAGCUAAACUAACAAGAUCAAGUCAUUAAAUCGAGGUCCAUAAUGUCGGAUUUUGAUGAAUUCGAGAGACUGUUGACUGAAAAUAAGAAAGAGCGGGACAAGGAGAAUCGGCACGGUCGGCGCACACUGUCCCGCAGCCGAGAGAGGAAGAAGAGGAGCUGGGAAAGGAGGAAGAGCAGGGCAAGCCGUAGCGACAGCAAGGACCAUCAACACAGGCGCAGUCGCUCUCCAGCUCUGCACAGAGAGAAGAAGAAAGUGAGGAAGUACUGGGAUGUUCCGGCACCAGGCUUCGAGCAUAUCACCCCCCUGCAGUACAAGGCUAUGCAGGCUGCUGGCCAGAUCCCAGCCACGGCCCUACUGCCCACCAUGGUAACUCCAGAGGGGCUGGCCUCCACCCACACUUCCUCACCUGUGGUGGGCAGCCAAAUGACCAGGCAGGCCAGGAGGCUCUACGUAGGCAACAUACCUUUCGGUAUCACAGAGGAGGCCGUGAAGGAUUUCUUCAAUGCCCAGAUGCUCCUCGGUGGUCUUACCCAGGCCCCUGGCAACCCUGUUCUAGCUGUGCAGAUAAACCAGGACAAGAACUUUGCCUUCCUCGAGUUCCGCUCGGUGGACGAGACGACCCAGGCCAUGGCCUUUGACGGCAUCAUCUUCCAGGUUCAGAGCCUGAAGAUCAGACGGCCUCACGACUACCAGCCCCUGCCCGGCAUGAGUGAGAGCCCCAGUGUCUAUGUACCAGGAGUGGUUUCGACCGUGGUGCCAGACUCAGCCCACAAACUCUUCAUCGGUGGCUUGCCAAAUUAUCUCAAUGAUGACCAGGUAAAAGAGCUAUUGAUCUCCUUUGGCCCUCUGAAGGCCUUCAACCUGGUCAAAGACAGCGCCACGGGCCUCUCCAAGGGCUACGCCUUCUGUGAAUAUGUGGACGUCAAUUUGAAUGACCAAGCCAUUGCAGGGUUGAAUGGGAUGCAGCUGGGGGACAAGAAGCUCCUGGUCCAGAGAGCCAGUGUUGGGGCCAAGAACGUAGCUCUGACAGGUAUGAACCAGACCCCGGUGACCCUCCAAGUGCCAGGCCUGAUGCCCACCUCCAUGGCCUUGCUGGGUGGCCUGCCCACUGAGGUGCUCUGCCUGAUGAACAUGGUGGUUUUGGAGGAGCUGCUGGAUGACGAGGAGUACGAGGAGAUCGCGGAGGACGUCCGCGGUGAGUGCAGCAAGUACGGCCAGGUGAAGAGCAUCGAGAUCCCCCGACCUGUGGAUGGCCUGGAGGUCCCAGGCACUGGGAAGAUCUUUGUGGAGUUCAUGACCCUGUUUGACUCCCAGAAGGCAAUGCAGGCGCUGACAGGCAGGAAGUUUGCCAACAGGAUGGUGGUGACCAAGUACUGUGACCCAGACGCCUACCACCGCCGAGACUUCUGGUAGACCUGAGAACCAGAGAGAGGGAGAGAAGCAGAGUUUCAUGUUAUUUAUGUAAUGAUAUGAAUAUUUAUGAGCAUCACAACAACUCAACUUUUUGCACUUUUUUAAAGAGGAGGCGUAGAAAGUUCAUUUAAGGCCACUUAUCACUGUGAAAUCAGCAGAAAAAGUAUUACUUUUGUCCUCGUCGCUUAUAAUUAUAUGAUUUAAUUCAAUGAAUCAAGUUCAAUCAUGAUUUUAACCAUUUAUUUUGUCCAUGCCUGAGCCUCAGGUACCAGUUGUUUAUUGUUACACCAAAUGACUAACAGUAUGUGAACACCUGCUCAUCGAACAUCUCAUUCCAAAAUCAUGGGCAUUAAUAUGGAGUUGUUCCCCCCUUUGCUGCAAUAACAACCACCACUCUUCUGGGAAUGCUUUCCACUAUUUGUUGGAACAUUGCUGCGGGGACUUGUCCAAGAGCAUUAGUGAGGUCAAGGCACUGAUGUUGGCCGAUUAGGCCUGGCUCGCACUUGGCGUUUCAAUUAAUCUCAAAGGUGUUCAAUGAGGUUGAUGGCAGGGCUCUGUGUAGGCCAGUCAAGUUCUUCCACACCGAUCUCGACAAACCAUUUAUGUAUGGACCUUGCUUUGUGCAUAGGGGCAUCGUCAUGCUGAAACAGAAAAAGGCCUUCCCAAACUGUUGCCACAAAGUUGGAAUCGUUUUGCAUGUCAUUGUAUGCUGUAGCGUUAAGAUUUACCUUCACUGGAACUAAGGGGCCUAGCCCGAACCAUGAAAAACAGCCCCAGAUCAUUAUUCCUCCUCCACCUAACUUUGCAGUUUGCAUUAUGCAUUGGGGCAGGUAGCGUUCUCCUGGCAUCCACCAAACCCAGAUUCAUCCGUCAGACUGCUAGAUGGUGGAGCGUGAUUCAUUACUCCAGAGAACGCCUUUCCACUGCUCCGGAGUCCAAUGGUGGCAAGCUUUACACCACUCCAGCCGACGCUUGGCAUUGUGCAUGGUGAUCUUAGGCUUGUGUGUGACUGCUCAGCCAUGGAAACCUUCAUUUCAUGAAGCUCCCGACAAACAGUUCUUGUUCUGACGUUGCUUCCAGAGGCAGUUUGGAACUCGGAAUUGAGUGUUGCGACCGAGGACAGACGAUCUUUACACACUACGCAAUUCAGCACUCGGCGGUACCAUUCUGUCAGCUUGUGUGGCCUACCACUUCGCGGGUGAGCAGUUGUUGCUCCUAGACGUUUCCACUUCACAAUAACAGUACUUACAGUUGACCAGGGCAGCUCUAGCAGGGCAGAAAUUUGAUUAACUGACUUGUUGGAAAGGUGGCGUCCUAUGACGGUGCCCCAUUGAAAGUCACUGAGCUCUUCAGUAAGGCCAUUCUUCUGCCAAUGUUUGUCUAUGGAGAUUGCAUGGCUGUGUGCUUGAUUGUAUACACUUGUCAGCAACUGGUGUGGCUUAAAUAGCCAAAUCCACUAAUUUGAAGGGGUGUCCACAUACUGUGUAUAUAUAUAUAUAUAUACAAUUUUCAGAACAUCAACUUAUUGUGAGUUCUGACUCAUGUCUGAGGGGACACGCAAAUACUGUAAGUGUGUGUGUCUCCAUUUAACUUAUCAUCACCACCCUCUUUUGAUAACAAAAUGUCUGAAAAUUAUGUAAUGUUUUGACUUUGUGGCUCUGGCACCAAUUCUCAGUGGGCAACCCCCAUUCCACAAGAAACAAUAUAGUAUAUUAACAGGAAGUACCUGAUGAACCAGUCCAGAUUCUGUAAUAGAAGGCUCUCACCCAAUCAGAGGUACUGUGACUGCCUCUGAAAUUGAUACAGCUGGGUCGUGUUCAUUAGGGCAUACCGUAGCAAAACGUUUUGCAACAGAAAACAAAUGUGUAUUUCUUAUUGGAAAAGUUCAGAUCUCUCUGUUUUCUUCAGUUUGGUGCCUAAUGAACACGACCCUGAACUCUCCCCACCCACACCUUCCCUCUCUCUCUCUCUCCUUAGACAAUCAGCUAUACAGCUGAAAGACUUCAGAGUUAUCACUGCCCUGCCUCAACCCUUGGUUGGUUUUGUAAAACAUUAUUGACAUUGACUUACACUCACUAGGCAAUAUUAUUUAUUAUUUCACUGUAAAAUCAUAUCUGCUGUAUUUUUGUAUUAUGCUUUUAUAUGUUUCAAUUGUAAGUUCCUAUUUAACCCAGUAGAGCUCUCAUGGCUUUGCCUCAAAGUGAGAUCUCUUUAGGACCCAAAGAGGCAUGUGGAUCUGCACGUGUGAGGCUUUCUGAUGGGUGACAUGAAUUCAGGUUUAUGACAGGCGAGACAAUAUCAAAGUGAAGAUAAUGUAGAUAAUUUGUAGGUGUGGGUAGGCUCUAUGAUACAAUAUGAACCAAUUACAUACCCCCUUCUUCCACUUCCACUUCCACUCCUCUGUCCUAUUUAAUCGUUUUCAUUGUCUAUACUACAAGCACCACACUUGGAGGAACCUGUCUGACAUUAUUUUUCGUUCUAUUCCCAUCCCCUUCUCCAAGACCUUCCGUUGCUUCGAAUUACAUAAUGGAUAUUUCUUUUGACAGGUUUUGCGCUCCAAAUGAUUUGCAUUACCGAACCAUUUCCACAUCUAAGACUGUUUGUUGUUUUCCUAAAACAGGUUGAAAGAUUAUGUAAGGAAAUUUAUUUGUCUCUGUCCUUAUACUGUCAACAGGUUAGCAUGUGGGAAUUUUUGCACUCUCACUUCCCUCAACAUUGUAAGGUUGUCUUUUUUUAUUUACAGAAGGUCAGAGUGAUCACAUUAAAACAGAUUGAAUGUA